AAUUUGACUCCAUUGUUCACAUUUUUGGAUAUCCAAAUAAUAUUGCAAUUAAAGGGGGAGGAUGUCCAAAUUACAGCCGCGUUGAAGCCGUAAAUUCCUUUUCUUUCAAUUUCUUCCCCACACCUUUUCUCAGCCGUCUUUUCUUGCUUACUUCCUCUUCACCCAACUCAAUCACAAAUUUCUUAAUCAAACCUUUUUACUUAUUUUAAUCAAUCACCCACAAAUUAUUUUUAUAAAUCAUUCGUUUAUUUUGUAUAAAGAUCGAAACUUUUAGUCAAAUCAAAACAGAGUAUUUUAUAUAUAUUAAAGAUCUGGCUAGUUUAUAGAAGUGGGAUACUGGGAUAGUACUUGGUCUCAUGUUUUAAUUAGUUGGGACUAAGUCUAAUUUCAAGUUAAUUGUAAUUAAGAUUUCUUAAUUUACUUGAAUUUGAAGUAGUUGAAGACAUUUGGGGUGCAUGUCAUGCAAUUGAAAGCAACUAAUUUGGGGGGUUUGAAGAUUUCAGAGAGAAGAAGACACGCUUUCUAGAAGAUUAAAACUAUAUUAUAUACAAUUUAAUUUGUUGGAAUAUAUAAUUUCUGGGUUUUUUUUAUAUAAUUAACAAAGGUUGCACCAUAGUUGAUCAGUCGUGGAGUUCAACCUUUGCAGUUUACAGCGAGACCGAUGCGUCAACCUCAGGUAACGUUUGCUAGGCGGACCGCUUCAGGCCGCUAUGUGCAUGAUAAUCUAUCAAGAGAUGAUCUUGAUAGUGAGCUUGGGAGUGUGGAGUUUAUGAAUUACACAGUUACUAUACCUCCUACUCCUGAUAAUAAUCCCAUGGACCCUACUAUCUCUCAAAGGGUGGAGGAGCAAUAUGUGUCGAAUUCUCUAUUUACGGGUGGUUUCAAUAGUGCUACUCGUGCACAUUUGAUGGAUAAGGUGACGGAGUCAGAGAUAAGCCAUCCUCAAAUGGCAGGGGCUAAAGGGUCUUCUUGUCAAGUCCAUGGUUGUGAUGGGAAGGUGAUGAGUGAUGAAAGAGGUGCUGAUAUACUUCCGUGUGAAUGUGACUUUAAGAUCUGCCGGGAUUGUUACAUUGAUGCUGUUAAGGGAGGUGAUGCAAUGUGCCCUGGGUGCAAAGAGGCUUACAAGCAUACCGAUUUGGAUGAGAAGGCGGUGGAUUCUGCUGGACGCCCUUUACCAUUGCCACCCUCAAAGCAAGACAGACGGAUGUCUUUGAUGAAAUCUACUAAGUCGGGGUAUAUGAGGAGCCAGACUGGUGGAGCAGAGUUUGAUCAUAACAGGUGGUUGUUUGAGACUAAGGGUACCUAUGGUUAUGGCAAUGCUAUCUGGCCGAAGGAAGGGGGAUAUGGAGAUGGUGAUGGUGAUGGUGAGGGUCAUGAGCCACUCGAGUUGCUUAACAAACCGUGGAGACCUCUUACUCGAAAGUUGAAGAUACCAGCAGCAGUCAUCAGCCCAUAUAGGCUUCUGGUGUUCAUCAGAUUGGUUGUUCUUGCAUUGUUUCUCGCGUGGAGGGUAAAGAACCCUAACAAUGAUGCCUUGUGGCUGUGGGGCUUGUCUGUGGUUUGUGAAAUCUGGUUUGCAUUCUCUUGGGUCCUUGAUCAACUCCCUAAGCUUAACCCAGUUAAUCGUGUUACUGACCUUGAUGUUUUGAAAGAGAAGUUUGAAUUGCCCGGCCCCAACAAUCCUACUGGAAAAUCUGAUCUUCCAGGUGUUGAUAUAUUUGUUUCUACUGCUGAUCCUGAAAAGGAACCCCCUCUUGUUACUGCAAAUACGAUUCUGUCUAUUCUUGCGGCUGACUACCCAGUAGAGAAGCUUGCUUGCUAUGUCUCUGACGAUGGAGGUGCCCUUCUAACCUUUGAGGCAAUGGCUGAAGCAGCUAGUUUUGCUAACUUGUGGAUUCCAUUUUGUCGGAAACAUAAUAUUGAGCCAAGGAACCCUGAUUCUUACUUCAGUCUGAAAAGAGAUCCUUACAAGAACAAGGUCAAAGUAGAUUUUGUCAAGGAUCGCCGUCGUGUUAAGCGUGAGUAUGAUGAAUUCAAGGUUCGUGUCAACGGUCUUCCUGAUUCAAUUCGACGACGUUCUGAUGCUUACAAUGCCCGAGAAGAAAUUAAGGCUUUGAAGAUGCAGAGAGAACAAGCAGGAGAUCAACCGUUGGAACCUAUAAAAAUUCAAAAAGCUACUUGGAUGGCUGAUGGAACCCACUGGCCUGGUACUUGGCUGAAUUCUGCACCUGAUCACUCAAAGGGUGAUCAUGCUGGAAUCAUACAGGUUAUGUUGAAGCCUCCAAGUGAUGAACCUCUUCAAGGAUCAGUUGGUGAUGAUAUUCCUUUUGACUAUAGUGAAGUUGAUAUUCGACUUCCGAUGCUGGUUUAUGUUUCACGAGAAAAACGUCCAGGUUAUGACCACAACAAGAAGGCUGGGGCUAUGAAUGCACUUGUUCGUGCCUCGGCAAUCAUGUCAAAUGGACCUUUCAUUCUUAAUUUAGAUUGUGAUCACUAUAUCUACAACUCUGAAGCCAUUAGAGAAGGUAUGUGCUUCAUGAUGGAUCGUGGUGGGGAUCGUAUUUGUUACGUCCAGUUCCCUCAGAGGUUUGAAGGCAUUGACCCUUCUGAUCGUUAUGCCAACCACAACACUGUUUUCUUUGACAUCAACAUGCGUGCUCUUGACGGGCUUCAGGGCCCAGUUUAUGUCGGAACUGGUUGCCUUUUCCGCAGGAUUGCCCUGUAUGGUUUUGAUCCACCUAGAGCCAAGGAGCAUGGUGGCUUUUGUGACUGCUGCUUUGGUCGCAAGAAGAAGAAGCGUGUUGCAAUUGAUGCUUCAUCUGAAGAGAAUCGAGCUCUAAGAAUGGGAGAUGAUGACGAAGAAAUGGACGUCUCUUUGUUUCCCAAAAGAUUUGGCAACUCAAGCUUUCUUGUUGAUUCAAUUCCAGUGGCAGAGUUCCAAGGCCGCCCACUCGCUGAUCACCCAUCUAUCAGGAAUGGCAGACCACCAGGUGCUCUAACCAUCCCUCGGGACCUUUUGGACGCUUCUACAGUUGCUGAGGCCAUAAGCGUCGUAUCUUGUUGGUAUGAAGAUAAGACCGAAUGGGGUGGUCGUAUUGGUUGGAUUUAUGGAUCUGUGACGGAAGAUGUGGUCACAGGGUACAGAAUGCACAAUAGAGGUUGGAGAUCAAUCUAUUGUGUUACCAAGAGGGAUGCUUUCCGUGGUACUGCACCCAUCAAUCUUACAGAUCGACUUCACCAAGUCCUUCGAUGGGCCACAGGCUCAGUCGAGAUUUUCUUCUCUAGAAACAACGCCUUCUUAGCCAGCCCCCGCAUGAAGGUUCUCCAGAGAAUUGCUUACCUUAAUGUUGGUAUCUACCCAUUCACCUCAAUUUUCUUGAUUGUCUACUGCUUCCUUCCUGCACUAUCCCUAUUUUCCGGUCAAUUCAUUGUCCAAACCCUGAGCAUAACCUUUCUCAUAUACCUCCUUGUUAUAUCCUUAUCUCUCUGCCUGCUUGCACUUCUGGAGAUCAAGUGGUCAGGCAUCAACCUCGAAGAAUGGUGGAGGAAUGAACAAUUUUGGCUCAUUGGAGGCACAAGUGCACAUCUUGCUGCUGUGCUUCAGGGUCUGCUGAAGGUUGUUGCUGGUAUCGAAAUUUCUUUCACUUUGACAUCAAAAUCAGCUGGAGACGACCUCGAUGAUGAAUAUGCUGACUUGUACAUUGUCAAGUGGACUUCUCUGAUGAUUCCUCCUCUUGUUAUCAUUAUGAUUAAUUUGGUCGCUAUUGCGGUUGGUUUUAGUCGUACUAUCUACAGUACCAUCCCACAGUGGAGCAAGCUGCUAGGAGGGGUGUUCUUUAGUUUCUGGGUGUUGGCUCAUCUCUAUCCUUUUGCCAAGGGGCUCAUGGGAAGAAGAGGAAGAACACCCACCAUCGUUUUCGUCUGGGCAGGUCUUAUUUCCAUCACAAUUUCCCUCCUAUGGGUUGCAAUCAAACCCCCGGGUGGUGCUCAGAACGCCGACAUUGGUGGGGGUUUUACUUUCCCUUAAACUUGACUACUAAACUUCUUUUGUUUAUGGCAUAUACUGAAACUGUUAACCUUCGAAAAAAACCUUUUAUUUCCUCCGGCGAUUCAAGAGUAUUGCUUGGAAUCCCAUGAAAUAUACAGGGAAAAUCAGAUGGGGAUGUGGAUUUUUCUGGGAAUGAUUUUUCAAUUCCCUUGGAAACUUUCUGUUUGAUUUGGAUGUUUAUACUUUAUACAUGCGGGGAAAAUUGAACAGGCAACCAUACAUUUACUGCACCCUUUACAUUCUUUUGUAAUUUAUAUUUUAGAGACAAAAUAGCUGAAAAUCAUCUGUAACAUGAUUCAAAUCAUGUAACAUGUAAUCAUCACAUUUGAUUUAUUUUCUAUGAGCAAUCAAUUUUGUUAUGUA